AGAGGGCUGCACGUAUCCUGCCUGCCGCUGCAGGAACCCGGGCGGCCGCGGAGGGAGAGGGGCAUCCCUUGCACGUGGCUUGGCCCAGGGAGCAAGCUGGGUCUUACUUCUGAGUAAAAGGCAUGAGCACCCUGAGGAUGCGGGAUCGAUUGAGCAUCGCCAGCCAAGCGGUUUGGCAAAUAUAAUGCAAUAUACGUUGAAAUGCAAUUCAGAUCGGUCACGGCUAUGCGAAGCUGUAACUAAACUGCCACAGCCAGGUGGUCACGAUGAGUUUCCUUGAAUACAGAAGCACGAUACAAGAAGGGGACACAGCUAUUGUCUUCUUAGGCCAUGAGUCAAUGUUCCCCGUGAAGGUGCAACAUGGCAGCAAAACUCAGACAAAGUAUGGUGUUAUUCGGCACUCCACUGACCUCAUAGGCAAACCGUAUGGCUCCAAGGUGACUUGCAGCAAAGGCGGCUGGGUGUAUGUUCUUCAUCCAACACCGGAGUUGUGGACUCUGAACCUCCCACACCGAACGCAGAUUCUGUAUUCAACUGACAUCUCUCUAAUCACCAUGAUGCUGGAGCUGAAGCCAGGAUGCGUAGUAUGCGAAUCAGGUACUGGGAGUGGUUCCCUCUCUCAUGCUAUCAUCAGGACAAUUGCUCCGACAGGACACCUGUACACGGUGGAGUUCCAUCAGCAAAGAGCUGAGAAAGCCGUACAGGAGUUCCAGGAGCACAAGGUUGGCCACUUGGUGACAGUGAAGAACCAGGAUGUCUGCAAAAAUGGGUUUGGCGUCACCGAUGUUGCGGAUGCCGUGUUCCUGGACAUCCCGUCACCCUGGGAAGCUAUAGGGCAUGCAGCAGUGGCACUAAAACAAGAAGGUGGACGCAUCUGUUCUUUUUCCCCUUGUAUUGAACAAGUUCAAAGGACCUGCCUGGCAUUGGAGGAACACGGCUUUACUGAAAUUAAUACCCUGGAGAUCCUGCCUAGAGUGUACAACAUUAGGACAAUUAGCUUGCAAAUCCCUGACCUUGGAAGCACCGCUGAGGAUAGUUCCAGCACUGAGUUUGACGAAGGCAGCCCAUCAAAUCAAGGUGUCUCGUGUACACGCCUUCAGCAGGGAUCUGUGCAAUUCAAAAGCGGCGUACCACUCAGGGAAAUGGUGGGUCACACUGGGUAUUUGACCUUCGCUACCAAAAGUCUAUUUUAGCUACACACACAGGGAAACCUUCUUCUGCAUUCCCUCCCCUUUUCCCAGCCGAGCCUCCGAAGCUUUUUGCUCAGCAGGCAAUUCCAUAUAUAGUCAGAUUGAGUAAGAUUAUGCCUUGUUUAAAUAGCACGCCGGAGCAUGAACCGUAUCAGCCUCGGCAGUGGCGCUCUUUCUGGAACAGGGCUUGGCUAGCUGUCAGGUACGAAGAUGGAUUAGCAGCUAAUAGCUGUGCGUUGGAAUUUGUAAAGUAAAGCCCCUGGCUAGGGUAAGAACAAAAAUGCCAACAAAGUUUCCUCAUGCUUCCUGAAAUUCCUGCCAUUGGGACAAAGUUGUUGGACUGAUGCUGGGUUUAUUUAAUAUUUCCCAUUAGGACUUCUAAAUACUUAAAACAAAAGCCAACCAAUAAAGAGUUUGAAAGAGA